AUGGGCGGAAACGCGUUCAGAGGGAAGCUGUCCACCGCUCUCUUUCCUCGGAUGUCACCACACACCUAUCAGGCUCUGAGAGCCCGCUUGCUGCCUCUCGUCCAGUCUCAGUUCGAGUCCGUAGCCGUUCCCCGCGAGGCGCCCGAGAAAGUCGAUCACGGCGACCUGGAUUUCGUCGUAACGCGCCCGCGACCCGGCACGUCGCCCAGCACUGUGCAGAAAGUCCUGAGGGCGACGCACAGCAUCCCACAAGAGGGCAACCGCACCAGCAACUAUGCAAUCCCUGCCAAUGCUUUUGAUCUCGGGGCCGAAUGGGAGCGCAUACUGUUCUUGCAUUCGUAUGGCGACACGGGGAUGAUCUUUGGCGUCCUGGCACGCAUGGCGGGAUUGAGCCUCAACGUCCAUGGCUUGAAAGUACGUCUGCUCAUCCCUCGGACCACUUUCCACCUUACAUCGUCCCUACAGGACAUCCUGGCCUUUUACGGGCUAUCCAAGAGCAGAUGGAAUGAGGCCUUUGAGACCCAACGCGACGUCUUCGAGUGGGUCGCGAUGUCCCCAUUGUUCGACGCGCAGCGCAUUGUACCGUCCGACCGCACCCACGACCGGGGCAGGAAGGCCCGCGGUGCACGCUCCAUGUUCCAAAACUUUCUCGACUUUGCGCAAGAGCGCGCCGUUGCCGCGUCGCUGGACGGCAACGCUUCCCCCUCUGCGAAGCCGCGCAUUACACAGGACGACGCGUUACGCUUCUUCGGCAAAGAGGCGGAGCGCGCUGCCCUGUUACGCGCUUCCGCUAUCAAAGAGCAUGCACGCGCAAAGUUCAGCGGCAGCUUCAUGGAGAAGUGCACUGGAAUGCAAGGCUUGUCCGUGAAGUGGUUGAUGGAUGCAAUUCGCGAACGGCUGGUCGAAGGGUACGUCAGGCAGCGUGGCGUGACACAGGGACAGCCAACGGACCAGACUACUGGCCCGUUUACUGUCUCUGUAUGGGAGCUUGCGCUCUUCGAGAUGUCCAAAGCCGAUGUGGCCUCCUUCGCCUUGCAGGUCAAGGCAGAGAUGGAAGCAGCCGGGACAUUUGAAGCCAAGUGGGCUGAGGAGAAUGCAAGGAAGGCCCAGAAACAGAUGCCCAAGUAG